GAAAAUGGGAAACGAUGGCGGCGUGAUCGCCGUGAAGCGCAAGUUCAUGCGGCACGCGAACGUGAAGGCGCGCGGGGAGAAGGCGGACCAGGAGGCGCUGCGCCUGGAGAAGGCGCGGACGUGCGCGCUGUCGUCGGAGCCGCUGCGCGAGCCCGUGGUGGCCUGUCGGCUGGGCAACCUGUUCAACAAGCAGACAGUUCUGGAGCAUUUGCUGGCCAAGUCGAUGCCCGAGCGGUUCCAGCACAUCACGUCGCUCAAGGACGUGGUGACCUGCCGCCUGACGCGCGAGAAGGAGGAGGCGGACGCGUUCUGGUGCUGCCCCGUGACGAUGGCCGAGUUCAACGGCAAGCUGCCCUUCGUGGUGCUGUUCAAGUGCGGUUGUGUGCUGUCGGAGCGUGCUCUUAAAGCCGUCGCUACGCGGGAGUGCCUCGUGUGCGGCAAGACCUAUGACGAGCAGGACGUGGCCACGCUGCUGCUGGAGGACGAGCAGUACAAGGAGAAGCAGAAGAAGCUGCUGGAGCUCAAGGCGGAGGAGAAGCGAGCCAAGAAAAGCAAGAAGAAGGCGAAGGAGCAGAAGGAACAGGAAGAGGAAGGACAGCACGAACACAAGAAGAAGCACAAGGACAAGAAGAACAAGAGGAAGGCGGGCAAGUUGGGGGAGACGGGCGACGCCAGACUCGUCAAGAUCGCGAAGGACGCGAGUGAAUCUAUCUCCAAGGCGAAGGAGAAGAGCCAAGUGUUUGCGUCCAUCUUCUCCAAGGACAAGAAGGAGAAGGCGAGUGCCAACGACCUGCUCAUGACGAUCGGUGGCAUGCGUUACACGCUGUCGUAG